AUGAUCUUCUGUGCUUCUUCCUUGGUCUUGUUCGUUUGUAGUGCCGUGAUUUCUUCAAGUAGCUUUUCUGAUAUGAAAAAUGCGAAUCUCUUUGUUUUGAACAAAUCAGGCACAAAUUGUUUGUGUUUUAUCAUCAAAUUCAACACCGAAAGUGCAGUCGAAUACGUCUUGUUGCAAUGCAUUGCAUGCACCAGAAUCAGAUAG